AUGACUUACAUGAUGAGUAAGAUUUCCCGAUCUGCUCGAGCAAAUGGUUGCCGCUUUUUCAAGUGGAAUUUGUGGGUUUCAGGAAUCAUCUUCAAGGUCAUACCUUGUAUUUUGUUAUUUCAUUUUUCAACAGUUAUAGUGAUAAAACUGCAUCGAGCAUCAAGAAAACACAAAACUUUGUUAAGAAGGAGCGUCAUCGUGAAAGCACGCGAUUGCAAGAAAUCAGAUCGCACCUCAAAUCUAUUACUAGCUAUUGUUUUGGUGUUUCUAAUCACCGAAUUGCCGCAAGGGAUAAUAGCAAUCAUGAAUGCCAUCUACACGACUCAUGUGCACAUUUACAUAUACUAUAAUCUUGGCGAUAUUUUAGAUCUCCUUUCUUUGCUUAACUCAUCUAUUACCUUCGUCCUAUACUGUAUUAUGUCAUCUAGGUACAGAGACACAUUUUGGACCGUCGUAUUACCGAAGCACCUUUCCAGAAGUAGAAGGCAGUUUUUUGUAAAAGAUUCAGCAAAAAUGAUAGCAGCAGAAUUGAAUUCCGAGCAGAUUUUAGUAAAGUGGAAUCAUGGAAGGCACAUCAAUCGUAGCAACAACGGUUGCUCAAAUUAUCAGUUCUGUUAGUA